CCUGGAAAUGCCGACUGGAAGUGUCCCCUUAUGGCGUUGGCACGGAUUGCGAAGGUACCACCACCGAUUCUGUGGUACCGUAGACACGUUGGCAAAGGCGGUGGAUUGCGCCAGAUUUAGCAAACAAACGGUGUUCCAAAAAGCUAGAACAGAUCCGCCGGCCCGGGCACGUCGGAGUAUGCCAGAAGUGCUCGAACCGAACGCACGACUUUAAGCGGAAAGCCGUUUUUUUUACGAACAGAUCUAGGUAGGCGAGGCGAGUUUCAUUUGUUACUGUGUCACCAUGGGAAUGUGGAGAGCCACGAUCGUUCUGCUGAUACCACUGCUGUGUGGAUUGAGCAAUGCCUCGCCCGAUUUAGGUCUGGAUAUUAGCAUCGACUAUGUCACGCAGAACAAUCCCAACGUACUGUCGUCGGCCAACAUGGUUGGAUCGGCUACCUCCGACCUGCAAGGCGCUAUCGGUGGCUAUCAAAUAGCCCGGCUGAACGGUUCCACCAGUUUGAUCGUGUCCGGCGAGGCACUCGUCUCGCUCGUCGGCAACAUCACGCUCAACGUGAACGACGUGCUGCGCAACAUCUCGAUCGUGGCCAGCAACCGACAGACGGCACCGUCCUGCAUGUUCGGCAGCAUGAACGCCACCAUCGACCGUGCGUUCGUUGCGCUCGAUCAGGCCGGGGCACUGAUCACCCGUAUCCAAACGUCCACCUCCUCGCAGAACAGCGGUGCCCUCACGUCCUGGAUGAUGAUGAUCCAGACAGCGAUGACGGACAUCUCCACCUAUCUGGACACGCUGUACAAGGAAGUGUCGGCCGUAAUGGCUGCCGGUCCGCUUUCGGCCAGUACCGUGUCGGCUAACAUUAAGCCCGCCACACUGUUCAACCUAGCCGGUGCCAUCUCCGUGGUGACGACAGCGGAGAAGGGUCUCACCACCACGGUCCGAUCGAUUCGGUCCGCUUUCGAGCAGGCGGCCAACAUCCUCAACAGCUACAGCAACGACCUGACCAACGCACUGACCUCGGUCAACAACACGCAGCGCGAUUACUACAACCAGGUCGUCAGCCGCAUCAGCUCCUACCAGGGCAAGGUAUCCUGGGAGGCCGGCUGGGGUGUGAACGACAUCGUCAACACACUGUCCCGCGUCAACCCGUUCAUGCAGGACUCGACCACCCGCACCACGGCACUGCAGCUGAACACCUCCAUCACCACCACGACCACCGCCAUCCGGACGAAUGCGAACAUUUGGUCCACCAGUCUGCAGACGCAGAUGACGCUGCUCUUCACCGGUGCGGAAGCGUUCGUCCAGAGCAACGUGAAGGCGCUGGUGCCGGUGUUCGAUUCUUCCCUGUUCAAGCUUGCCGCCACCAUGUCGUCCGGCGGUACCUUCUCCAGCAACUGUAACUCCCGGUACGGUGGUGCCAUCACGAACCUCGAGAACAACAUGCGCGAUGGGCUGCAGCGGUGCUACAACGAUUACGCCAACACCGGCUACACGGAUUCGUUCAUCAGCGAGUACAACAUGGUGAUCCGCGAGCAGACGCGCAGCAUCGCCAACCGGAUCAACUUCUGUCUCAAUCUGGGCUCGACCAGCUCGAACUCCGUCAUCAAGGCGGGCAUUUCGAAGUGUCUUUCGGAGACCGUCAUCAUGAACGAGGCCCUGAUGAAGGACGUCAGCAUCCAGACGAAGCUGGUCGUGGCGAUGGUCAAUCUGGAGAGUUUGGCGAUGGUGCAGCGUGUGGAGAGCUGCGGCGCCAUCUUGAACCACGGGCUGGUGGCGAAGGCGGCCUCGCUCGACACGUUGCUGGCCAGCUGUCAGACUACCAACCAGUGAGUGGCCUACUGUGGUGUUCUAUCUAUCUAUCCAAAACUAGUUGUACGAAAAUAGUGCUGUUGUACUCGACUCGAAACAAUAAACCUGAUAUUUUGGUCGAAUGGGUAUUACAAAUUA